AUGGCGGCGCCCAGAAAUGGAUUUCAUGGCUCCAGUGUGUACCACAGGCGGAGAUGGGGAAACGUCCUCGCUGUCCUAGACCUGAGUGCUCCAGAUGGACAAGGAGGUCGAUACGUUCCUCCACAUUUACGGAACAAAGACGUGUCCAAGAACGUGGGAAACGCCUUCGCCGCCGGACGCCAGGCGGCGUACGCCAUCGCGCCGGCAGCUAACUACGGUUGGGAUGCGGGCCGCAACAACUUCGUCAACGGUUACCACGACAACCGCUUGGCCGGCAACACCUUCAACCGCGGUCCGCCUCGCAUGGAGCGGGGCCGUGGGGGCGUCGGCGGAGGUGGUUACCGUGGCAACAGGGGCGGCGCCUUCAACCCCAUCAACCCAGCACAGCCCCUUGGCUUCGACACGGGCGGCUGGAACGCCGCCAAGGACGCCUACAGCAGCUUCGGCAACAACCGAGGGAAGUCGGCCUUCUUCAGCAGCAGAGACAACGCCAACAGAGGACGGUUCGACCACGGCGGGUUCGCUGGCACCGGCGGGGGAAACAGCCGCUGGGUGGAGGAAUCCAGGGACGACGGAGACUGGUCCAAACCGCUGCCGCGCAACGAACGCCUUGAACACGAGCUGUUCUCCGGCAGCAACACCGGGAUCAACUUUGAGAAAUACGACGACAUUCCUGUCGAAGCUACGGGACAGAACUCUCCUCACCACAUCGAGAGCUUCCAAGACGUGGACAUGGGAGAGAUUAUCAUGGGCAACAUCGCUCUGAGUCGCUACACCCGACCAACCCCGGUCCAGAAAUACGCCAUUCCUAUCGUGAAGUCCAAGAGGGACCUCAUGGCCUGCGCCCAGACCGGCUCCGGAAAGACAGCGGCCUUCCUACUUCCGAUCCUCAGCCAGAUCUACACCGACGGACCAGGAGAAGCUCUCAACGCGACCAAAGCCUCUGGACAGGAGAACGGGAAGUACGGGCGCCGUAAGCAGUACCCCAUCGCCCUGGUUCUGGCUCCGACCAGAGAACUGGCUCUGCAGAUCUACGACGAAGCCAGGAAGUUUUCGUACCGCUCCAGAGUGCGUCCCUGCGUCGUAUACGGAGGCGCCGACAUCGGGCAGCAGAUCAGAGACCUGGAGAGGGGCUGCCACCUGCUGGUGGCCACGCCCGGAAGACUGGUGGACAUGAUGGAGAGAGGCAAGAUCGGACUGGACUACUGCAAGUACCUGGUCCUGGAUGAGGCAGAUCGCAUGUUGGACAUGGGCUUCGAACCGCAGAUCAGACGCAUCGUGGAGCAGGACACCAUGCCUCACAAAGGCAUCAGGCAGACCUUGAUGUUCAGCGCUACGUUCCCUAAAGAGAUCCAGAUCUUGGCGAGGGAUUUCCUGGAGGAUUACAUCUUCCUGGCCGUAGGCAGGGUGGGCUCCACCUCCGAGAACAUCACUCAGAAAGUGGUUUGGGUCGAAGAGAGCGACAAGAGGUCUUUCCUCCUGGACCUGCUGAGCGCCACAGUUAUCCCCAACGAGGUACAGGACAGUACUGGAGACAACCUAGAGAAACCCGGGAAGGACUCUCUGACCCUGGUUUUCGUGGAAACCAAGAAAGGCGCUGACGCUUUGGAGGACUUCCUGUACCGAGAGGGCUACGCCUGCACCAGCAUCCAUGGAGACCGUUCCCAGAGAGACCGAGAGGAGGCCCUGAGCCAGUUCAGAUCAGGAAAAUGCCCCAUCCUAGUCGCUACAGCGGUCGCGGCACGUGGUUUGGACAUCUCCAACGUGAAACACGUCAUCAACUUCGACCUGCCCAGCGACAUCGAGGAGUAUGUCCAUCGUAUUGGACGUACGGGACGAGUUGGGAACCUGGGGCUGGCAACGUCGUUCUUCAACGAUAAAAACGGGAACAUCACUAAAGAUCUGCUGGACAUCCUGGUUGAAGCGAAACAGGAAGUUCCCUCGUGGCUGGAGAGCCUGGCGUACGAACACCAGCACAAGAGCAGCAGCAGAGGACGCUCCAAGAGGUUCUCCGGUGGUUUUGGAGCACGCGAUUACCGUCAGACCGCCGCCGGAGGAAACGCAGGAGGGUUCGGGGGUCGCGGCGGACGCAACCAGACGGGACACGGAGGAAACCGUGGCUUCGGAGGAGGUGGUUUCGGCAACUUUUACACAAGCGACGGCUACGGUGGCAACUACUCGCACUCUCAAGUUGACUGGUGGGGCAACUAGGUGUCUCCGUUCAUCUUUCUUCCCCCUCCUGUCAUCCCUACCAUCUGUCCAUCGUCCCCUGGAACCCACGUGCAUGUUAUUAAACUAUUUAUACUCAUUUCUAUGUCCCUCCUGUCCAACUGCUCACGCCUUUUUAUUAGCUUUAGACUUUCCUCGUGCUUUCCUCCUCCUUCACGUUUCUUUAUCUCAUCUUAGGCCACUUUUACGGAGGGGGGGCUCUUUAAUUUCACCUGGUUACGUCCCAGCGUCCAGCUAGAAGCAGGUCCUUUCCACGUUUUCCCAGGAAAAAACAAAAAAAUCAAGGUUUGCUCGAAGCCCGUCAAGUAGAGCGUGUUCAGAUUCCUGUUAAAAGAGCCCCCCCCCUUCAUUGAACAUGUGUUUUGUCUGAUCGAUCCACACGCAGCCGACCUCCCCGUGUAACGCCACAUCUGUGUAUCCACGCACGGCCAUCUUGUAAAUGAACGGCCAGGAACUUUUCUAAAAACUGACGUCGAAGCAGAAAUUCAAGCGUUGGAACUCGCCGACGUCUCCUUUUUAUUUAUUUGAUCGAUUACACGACGGAGGGCCAUCUGUUGUUUUCACCCUUUUUAAACGGUUUAAGUUUCUGACGGAGAAAACACACGAGGGGCUGGACGGAGCGACCCCGCCUGUGGAGCUAACGAGCCGUUGAAGGACUUCACCUUUCAUUACGAAGUCGUUUCUGUACUGUGCCUUUAAGAAUCUGAACUUUGUCACUUGUUUUUUUUUUAUAUCACUAUAAUGCAUAGCUGGCUACAAGUACAGGCCAUGGGGUACCAAACGAUGUAUAUUUGAAGUCAUUUGUGGGUUUUGAACUUGUUUUUCUUUGAUCCCAUUUUGAAGGAAACAAACUAGGAUUGAGCUAAAUCAAACCUUGGCAAAAUCAAAAACUUAAAAAAAAAAUACUGAUGAGGAAACUAAGCGACUCCUCAUUCCUACGAGUUAAAAUUCAUCAGACUAGAUGAGCGAGUUCCUUGAAGCAUGAAACCACUGCAAACGCACAU